CGUUCACAGCGUACCGCCAUCUACAACUGACAAAUAACUAACUACAUACUGGCUAUAACUGACGAAUAACACAUACCAUGGCGGUGAACGCGAUUGCUGUCAUGCUCUUGGCUGUCCUUCUCCCUCUCCGAGACACAAAUGCAGACGCUUGCGGAAACUACAUGCAGCUUUCCAAUCUUACGAAAAGCAUAACGUCCCCAGGAUACCCUUCGUUGUAUAACAGUUCUCUGUCCUGCGAAUGGAGGAUAAAUGCCUCUUCACCAGAUCAUCUUGUAGGCGUAUUAUAUGUUGCACAGUUUGAGUCCAAGAACUGUCAACAUGGCAGUCUGUCCUUCUAUGAUGGUUCAGAUAAUUCCAGUGGAUUACUGUUACAACUGUGUGGUACGGAUCGUGGCGGUAUUCUCAGCUGCGGAAACACCAUGUACAUACAGUUUACUUCCAGUGCGUCCUCUUAUGGAACAAGCUUUGUUCUCACAGCCAAUAAUACUGAAAGAUGCCGUGGAACGUUUAUAGCAACACCACAGAUGACAAAUUUCACCAUACCCGGGAUUCCUUACGUCUCGUAUAGGAAUCUAAAUUGCAAGUGGAUUAUUACAUCAGCAAACGAAAACCAUACAGUUCAAGUCAAAUCAAGGAGACUAGUCUACUUUGGGCCUUCUUCACAGUCCUGCACGUGUGAUGUCGUUCGUGUGUACAACGGAAACACAACUGAAGCCGACCAAUUCCUUGGUGAAUACUGUUCAACACAGAUGCCUAAUUUCUAUAGUUCAAAGAAUUCACUGCUGCUGGUGCUUACAACCGAUGCGAACACGACCAGCUUUGGUUUGCAAAUGCAAUAUUCUUCAAGACCAGAGGGCCACUGCAGCAGGACACAUUCAAUAUAUAACACCCCUAUCUACAUCCUAUCACCUGGAUACCCCAGUUCCUAUGGCAGCAACCGGACAUGUCGUAUAUACCUGAACGGCAUUAUCUCACCAAACAUGAGACUGGACGUCCUCACUGCUGAUAUGGAGGGCACCUACCCGCAAUGUGAUACUGAAUCGGUUCGACUUUUUGCAGCCACAGGUGAUAUGGGAAGUAAUUACCUUGCUGGGAAGAUAUGUGGAAAUUCAUCGAUUUCCCCGAUUGGUCCCUACUAUUCAAACGGACUGUUUAAGGAAGUGGUAUUCAAGUCCAACAGUGAUACCAAAGGGAUGGCAUUCAGGAUUCGUGUGUCUCCAACUUCACGGAAAGUGAUACCUCACCAAUCAGACAAUUGCGGGCCACAAUUUCGCAAUGCAACGGCACAUCCGAAUAUCCUUUCUUCCCCCGGAUAUCCUGGCAUGUCUGGAUACGAAGACAAUUGCAUUUGGAAAGUGACGGCGUCUAACCCUAAGAUGAUGGUGCGCAUCGUCGUAAUUGACUCAGAUGUUCCGUUUUUUGAGUGGGUCCGCUGCGAUUACAGCGUCACAUUUUACAACGGACCUUCCAUCUUUAAUGACACGAUUUUCUCCUGGUGUGGCGAUUCCAAACCAACUCUGCAGAGUACUGGAUCAGCUAUGACAAUUCAGUUUCAAACACGUUAUUAUUCAUCCGAUUUGAAAGGCUUCAGACUCAAAUAUUUCACAACAAAUGAGACAUACAGAUGCGGAGGGACAGUAAAUGUUACGACGGUUGGGAAUAGAACCUUGACAGGGCAGUAUGAGAAUUCACAAGAUUGCCACUGGACAAUACAUGCCCCCGCCAACAUGGCCAUCCAGGUCAAAGUGACAAAUUUAAAUCCGUAUGUUAAACCAAUGGCACCACCCAAAACAUGUAACGCCGAUUACGUGGAAAUUUACGAUGGCAGUUUUGACAACAUCAGUUCGAGUACCGGGAAGUGGUGUGGUCAGUACAGCGAAGGCUUCAUCAAUUGA